AUGGGCCUUGUCCGCAGACUGCUGAUCUGGGCAGCCGUUGAUGGCGUCGUCCUUCAAGCUCAUGGCUCUACGGAGGCCCCCAAGGCAAUCCAGAUCGACUACAAGAGCCGUCGGAUAAGGGAACUUCAGAAGUCCGAUGCAUCAGCGAAGAGAACCGCUCCCUUGGAAGCUCACGGCAUCGUCGGAUUGCUUUCAAUUGCCUCGUCUUCUUUCCUUGUCGCGAUCACCCAGCGAGAGCAAGUUGCCCAGAUAUUUGGAAAACCGAUUUAUGUCAUUACCGACGUUGCCAUUCUCCCCCUGUCUUCCCAAGAUGAAGCCACUCUAGCCAUCACAGCCGCCCUAGAGUCUCAGACGUUAGACUCGUCCUCAACUGACACUGAUACCGACGUGACCGAUAUAGAGGACAACAACACCAAUCCACAGGAGCAGGAAGAGCCCGAGACUCCUGUGGAACAUGAGCUUCCUGGACAACAGAUCUCCAAUCCCACCAGUAUCGCCAGAGAUGUCAUUGCUAAGCGAGGCCAAUAUGGACGAUUUGCUGCCCAAUGGUUCUCCAGGCAGGGUUGGGGUGGAGGCAAGACCCCAGACACCACAUCUGGGACUUCGACAAAGAGUGAAACCUUGAAAACGGCGUCCAGCUCGACGGCCGAAUCAGACGCGGUAGUAGCAGCAAAUCAACUCGAAGCCAGCGACGACAAUGAAGCACAAGAAGAAAAGCAUAGUAAGGAUGCCGAGCAGCUCCUGAGCGACACCUCCAUCACCGAGGCGACUUCCAAAAUUCUUAGGAGGACCAAGAUGAUCUUGACCUCUCGCAGCUAUUUCUUCUCGUACGAAUUCGAUCUGACCCGUAGGCUAGCUGUUAUGGGUGGGAGCGCAACUCCUCCUUCACGAGAUACCCUUGACCCUAUGUAUUUUUGGAACCGACGAUUACUAGGCCCAUUCAUGGACGCAAGACAAGAUUCGUUCAUGACGCCCAUAUUGCAAGGGUUUGUAGGUCAGAGAAUCUUUACAGUUACGAAAGCAGGGCCCGAGAAUCCUCAGUCCGCCUGUGUGGUAGACGCCGAGCAUGGUGAGCAGUCAGCAGGGGUACAACACGCCAUAAACCAUGCCAAACAGGGCCUUGCCAGCAUCAGUAAUGACAUGCAGUCCUAUCUGCUAACACUGAUCUCACGACGAUCGGUUAAGCGGUCGGGCCUUCGAUAUCUUCGCCGCGGCCUCGACGAUGAAGGCAACUGUGCCAACGCGGUCGAGACCGAGCAGAUCCUGUCAGCUCCAGAUUGGUCUCCUUCUCGGCGAAUCCGGUCAUUUGUACAGAUACGUGCCUCUAUACCUCUCUACUUCUCACAGUCGCCCUACUCGCUGAAGCCGACACCGAUGCUCCAUCAGUCACCAUCCAAGAAUGAUGCAGCGAUGAAGAAACAUUUUCAGGAUCUCAGGCGACGAUAUGGCGGUGUCCAAGUUGUCUGCUUGGUGGACAAACAUGGCCCGGAAGUUAUCAUCGGCGAUGCUUUCGAGAAAAAGGUCCAUUCCUUGCAGGAAUCUAAUCAGCUUGAAGAUGUCUUGUAUGAAUGGUUCGAUUUCCAUGCCGAGUGCCGUGGAAUGAAGUUCGAGAACGUGUCCAGGCUUGUUGACAAGCUCGAAAACACUAUCAAGAGAUACGGCGAGACUGUGAUCUCGAAGGAUGGGAUGGAGACAAGCCAAUCAGGAGUAAUUCGAACCAACUGCAUGGAUUGCUUAGACCGCACCAACGUUGCUCAGAGUGCUUUCGGACAGUACAUGCUGCAAAGAGACUUGGGCAGAGAAGGGUUCGAGAUCGAUCUGCUGCACGACGACAGCACAACCUGGUUCAAUACCCUAUGGGCUGAUAAUGGAGACGCCAUAUCGCGGCAGUAUGCAUCCACAGCAGCGCUGAAAGGAGACUUUACAAGGACCCGUCGACGGAACUACCGUGGAGCAUUGAAUGAUUUCAGCCUGACCUUGACUCGGUUUUACAACAAUAUGGUCAAUGACUAUUUCUCCCAGGCGGUCAUUGACUUCCUCCUCGGCAACGUGUCAUGGAGAGUGUUUGAAGACUUCGAGAGCAGCAUGAUGAGCAAAGAUCCAGGAAUAUCAAUUGAUCAAGCUCGACAAGCGGCGAUCGAGAGUUGUGCUAAACAAGUAAUACAGGAGCAGGACGAAGACCUCAUUCACGGCUGGACAAUGUUAGCGCCGGCACACGAGAACACCUUGCGAACCAUGCCGUUCGAAGAAGCGGUUGUACUUUUGACAGAUGCGGCUCUCUACUGCUGCAGGUUCGACUGGACCACGGAAAAACUUGCCUCUUUUGAGAAAGUUGACCUGCGAUCUAUAUCGAAAAUCCGGUAUGGAACAUAUAUCACAUCAACGUUCAGCGAACGACAGAUGAAGGAAGAGCUCAAUGCCGGGCUUGUAGUGAUAUAUCAACCUGGAAAAGGAAGCACUAUUCGAACAAACACGAGAUCCUUACAAAACUAUGUUGCACCCAAAACAGACGAAUCCGAGAAUCGAAUCGACGGAGGAACCGGGAUCCUGUCGUGGCUUAGUCCCGCUUCAGCUGCACCAUCGAGAAAGUUAGCCAUGAAGGUAAUCCCAGCAGCGACGACAGAUUCGGAUGGUGUUGCGGGGCAUGAGGAACAGGCACCAUUGGCAGUCGCUGAGAAUAUUGCAGAUGAAAUUCGACGAGCGCUCACGGGGAGCACAGAACAUGGUGAGCUGCAAGGCACUGACCUUGUAGAGCAGUCGGCCAUUAUCUCGUUGGAGGAAGCGAAGAAACGGGUUGGGUAUCUCGAGCAGUUGGGUCAUUCCAUCAAGAAGAUGGUCUGGACGUGA